GAAGCCCAUAUGGCUAUGUAUGAUGAAGAUCUCCUGAAAAACCCAUUCUAUCAGGCUCUUCAGAAGUGGCGUCCUGAUUUGUGCAGCAUGGUGGCCCAAACCCAUGGAAUCGUCUUGGUACCUUGCAGAGGAAGCCUGUCAGGCAAAAUUCAGUCUGCUUGCCAGUUUGAGUCCUACGUUUUGCUACCAGUGGGAGAACAUUUCCGGACCUUAGAUGGAAAGGACGUUGGUAUACAAGGAAACAGGAUUAAACUUGGAGCUGGCUUUGCCUGUCUUCUCUCGGUGCCCAUUCUCUUUGAAGAAACCUUCUACAAUGAGAAAGAAGAGAGUUUCAGCAUCCUGUGUAUAGCUCAUCCCUUGGAAAAGAGAGAGAGCUCAGAAGAGCCGUCAACACCGGUCGAUCCUUUUUCUCUGAAAACCAUUGAAGAUGUGAGAGACUUUCUGGGGAGACACUCGGAAAGAUUUGACCGGAUCAUCGCUUCUUUCCACCGAACGUUCCGAGAGUGUGAAAGGAAGAGCCUCCGCCACCACAUAGACUUGGUGAAUGCUCUCUAUACCAAAUGCCUCCAGCAGCUCCUGAGGGACUCUCGCCUGAAAAUGCUGGCCAAGCAAGAGGCCCAGAUGAACCUGAUGAAGCAGGCAGUUGAGAUGUACGUCCAUCACGACAUUUAUGAUCUGAUCUUUAAGUAUGUGGGCACCGUGGAGGCUAGUGAGGAUGCUGCCUUUAACAAAAUCACAAGAAGCCUUCAAGAUCUUCAGCAGAAAGAUAUCGGCGUGAAACCUGAGUUCAGCUUCAACAUAUCUCGUGCCAAGAGAGAACUGGCCCAACUGAACAAAUGCACGUCGCCGCAACAGAAACUGAUUUGUUUGCGGAAGACGAUGCUGCUGAUCACACAGUCUCCCAGCCAGAGAGUUAACUUGGAGACCAUGUGUGCUGAUGACCUACUCUCAGUCCUGUUAUACUUGCUGGUGAAAACUGAGAUCCCCAACUGGAUGGCAAAUCUGAGCUAUAUAAAAAACUUCAGAUUCAGCAGUUCGGCAAAAGAUGAGUUGGGAUACUGCCUGACCUCAAUUGAGGCUGCAAUAGAAUAUAUUCGGCAAGGAAGCCUCUCAGUUAAACCGCAGGAGUCUGAGGGUUUUGGUGACAGAAUUUUCCUUAAGCAAAGAAUGAACUUGCUGUCUCAGAUGACUUCAACUCCCAUCGACUGCUUGUUUAAGCACAUUGCAUCGGGGAACCAGAAAGAAGUUGAGAGGCUUCUGAGCCAGGACGAUCACGAUCGAGACGCCAUGAAGAACAUGUGUCACCCUCUGUGCUUCUGUGACGAUUGUGAGAAACUCCUCUCUGGGAGGCUGAACGAUCCUUCAGUUGUUACUCCAUUCUCCAGAGACGACAGGGGUCACACUCCACUCCAUGUGGCUGCCCUCUGUGGGCAGGCAUCUCUCAUUGACCUCCUGGUUUCCAGAGGUGCCCUGGUGAAUGCCAUGGACUACCACGGCUCAACUCCGCUGCACCUGGCGUGUCAGAAGGGCUGUCAGAGCGUGACGCUGCUGCUGCUGCAUUACAAAGCCAGCCCGGAAGUGCAGGACAACAAUGGCAGCACGCCCCUCCACCUGGCCUGCACGUAUGGCCACGAAGACUGUGUGAAGGCUUUGGUCUACUACGAUGUGCAAGCGUGUCGGCUCGAUAUUGGUAACGAGAAAGGAGACACUCCUCUACACAUAGCUGCGCGUUGGGGUUACCAGGGCAUCAUAGAGACGCUGUUACAAAAUGGAGCAUCCACAGAGAUCCAGAACAGACUCAAAGAAACGCCACUGAAGUGUGCAUUAAACUCAAAGAUUCUGUCUAUUAUGGAAACCAGUCAUCGGACCUUUGAAAAGAGGCCAAAGUCUUCUGAGGUGUCUGCUCCUCAGUCCCCUCAGCGCUCUGUGGAUUCCAUCAGCCAGAGGUCCUCCUCCUCCAGCUUCUCCUCUGUGUCGGUGAGCUCCAAGCAAGAGGAGACCAAGAGGGACUACAGAGAGGUAGAAAAGCUUCUAAGAGCUGUCGCUGAUGGCGAUCUAGAAAUGGUGCGGUACCUUUUGGAGUGGACAGAAGAGGAACUGGAUGAAGUGGAGGAUGGGGCUGGUGCCAGUGCUGGCGACCUUGAACUCUGUCACCCCUUGUGCCAAUGCCCCAAGUGUGCUCCAGCUCAAAAGAAGCUGGCGAAGGUUCCUGCCAGUGGACUUAGUGUGAAUGUGACCAACCAGGAUGGCUCCUCCCCUCUGCACGUGGCUGCUCUCCACGGUCGGGCCACCUUCAUCCCCCUCCUGUUGAAGCACGGUGCCAAUGUCGGGGCCAGAAAUGCAGAUCAGGCCGUUCCACUCCACCUGGCCUGCCAGCAGGGCCACUUUGAGGUGGUGAAGUGUCUGUUAGAUUCCAAUGCAAAGCCCAAUAAGAAGGAUCUAAAUGGAAACACACCCCUCAUCUGUGCCUGUUCCCAUGGCUACCACGAAGUUGCAGCACUGCUGCUACAGCGUGGGGCCUCCAUUAACGCCUCUAACAACAAAGGUAACACGGCCCUGCACGAGGCGGUGAUAGAAAAGCACGUCUUUGUGGUGGAGUUGCUUCUGCUUCAUGGAGCAUCCGUUGAGGUUGUGAACAAGAGACACUGCACAGCUGUCGAGUGUGCUGACCAGAAUUCGAAAAUAAUGGAGUUACUUCAGGUAAUACCAAGAUGUGUUGCUGCGUUAGACGAUGUUGACGAAACAGACCACAAGGAGUACAUUACUGUUAAGAUCAGGAAAAAAUGGAACUCAAAAAUGUGUGAUUUACCAGAUGAGCCUUUUUCAAGAGAGUUUCACUUUUCCCACCCAGCUGGUCCAUUUCAGGGAAGGACCUCGAAGAAAAUUAUGGCAAGAAGUAGAAGUGUCCUUAAUUUUACUAAGGACUUGUUGUGUCGUCCAGGGAAGCAAAGAGCCACAAUGAAACCCAAUCACCUGCCAGAACAGAGCAGACCUCAGGCUACUAAAGGAGGAAGGAACCAUCAGCCUGAGAGGCCUCCCCCAAAACAAACCGUUCCCGCAAACAGGUGGAAACUCAGACAUCCAGUCCAGGAUGCAGUAGGAUCCAAGGGCUCAGAGACCACUGGCAACCUCACCACUCACCAUGAGACUUGUGUUUCCCAGGCUUUGCAAUGCUGCACCUGGAUCCUACGAGGGGAAGACUCCUUCCUGAGCUACAUCCAGUGA